GUGCAAUUACCUAUAGAGUGAUGGUGGCAACUGGAAUUCAGCUUCCAAGACCUGUAGUCAAACUGAUCCACGGUGGCAUCCAAGCAUUUGCCUUCAUGUUAGCUACUGUAGCACUAGUUGCUACUUUUAAGUAUCAUAAAACUCAGGGAUGGGCCGACAUGUACCAUCCGCAUAGCUGGGUGGGGAUCACUGCAUUUUCGCUCUAUGGAUUACAGCUUAUUAUUGGUUUCACGUUCCUGUUGUUUCCCAAAUUCGGAUCGGACGCACUUAGAUCACGUGUAGCAUUAAUUCACGUGUCCAGUGGUCGAUUUAUGUUCAUCAUGUUGGUUGCUACCGCCCUCAUGGGUAUGUCAGAAGCAUCAAUAUAUGACGU